UUCACAAUGUGAGUGUCAUUUAGGACCCCGGCUUAGUAGCGCCUGCGCAUGCCGUCACCAAAAAAAAAAAAAAAAAGGAUAAGUAGUGUCUCAUUCGGCAGAUUUUAAUUUCAACACCAAGGCGAUUUUUUUUUCAGAUGUCCGAUAACUGUGUAUUAUUUUGUAAGUAAUUCCGAGCAUCAAUUUUGGACUCUCGCGCACGCGUCGGUGACAUCACGCGAUGUUUUAAAGUGCUAUGGCGUACCAGGAAGGGGAGUCGCUUGAAUCUUGGCUCAAUAAAGCCACCCAUCCAACAAACAGACAAGAGGACUGGGAGUACAUCAUAGGCUUCUGUGAUCAGAUCAACAAGGAACUGGAGGGCCCUCAGAUAGCGGUAACUCUGCUCGUCCACAAAAUCCACUCACCACAAGAAUGGGAAGCACUUCAGGCUCUGACGGUUUUGGAGGCAUGUAUGAAGAACUGCGGGAGAAGGUUUCACAAUGAAGUGGGAAAAUACAGAUUUUUGAAUGAGCUGAUUAAAGUUGUCUCCCCAAAGUACAUGGGUGACAGUGCGCCCGAGAAGGUGAAGAUGAAGAUUGUAGAGAUGCUGUACAGCUGGACGAUUGCUUUUCCCAAUGAAGCCAAGAUCAGUGAAGCCUACCAGACGCUGAGAAGACAGGGUCUCGUGACACGGGAUCCAGAGUUACCGCUGGACAGGACCCUUGUUCCCUCUCCUCCGACACGACCCAAACAUCCGGUGUUCGACAACGAGGACAUGGGAAAGCUGCUUGCUGAGCUUCUCCGGAGUAAAAAUCCUGAAGACCUCCAGGAAGCCAACAGAUUAAUCAAAAACAUGGUGAAAGAGGAUGAGGCACGAGUGCAGAAGGUCACAAAGCGACUGCACACGCUGGAGGAGAUGAACAUCAACGUCAAGCUGUUGACUGAGAUGCUGUCCCACUACAAUAAAGACAGCUCCACUGACUCCGACAAGGAGAUCAUUAAGGAGCUCUACGAGCGGUGCGACAAGCUGAGGCGUGCUGCUUUCAAAAUGGCCACUGAGACAGAGGACAAUGACACCAGUUUAGGUGACAUCCUGCAGGCCAGUGAUGACCUCUCCAGAGUCAUCAACUCCUAUAAGAAGGUCGUGGAGGGGCAGCCGAUCAACGGCGACAGUGAGGAGCCUGCAGCUGGUCACAGUGAGAGUGAGACCACAGAUACGCUGAUCGACCUCACCGGCCUGGACACUCCGAGCCCUCCUCAACCCACCAUCUCUCCCUCCCAGUCCUCACAUCCAUUCUCCGUCAAUCCCAGGGCUUCCCCCAUACCUGUCCUGCCUCCUCCUCCCAAACGCCUGGCCGGAACCCAUUGCAGUCAGAGCAGCAGCCCGAGUCACCCCCCCCUCGAGAAGGCCUCCACUGCUCUCUCACUCCUUGAUGAUGAGCUGCUGUCCCUAGGCCUAAAUGACCCCCCUACCUCUCUGAGCAGCCAAGUACAACCCAGGUUGAACGAAGUGUCCAAUCAGUGGACUUCCUUGCAGGCUCCAGCAUCAAGUGUGGAUAUGUUUGGCAGUAUGGCUUGUUCAGGUCCAGUGGGGCCCCCAGCUGAGCAAGUCACCGGCAUACACAGUCUCCAGAACCUGCAAGACCUGGCCAUGAUAGGGUUUCCAGAUCACAAGAGUCUGUCCAGCCAGAUGAUAGCCAGAGGAAGCAGCUUUGGGAUCGCCCCGGCCACAGCAUCUCCCCUCGUAACUGGGCAGGGCUCUCCCUCCUCAGCCUCUUUUCUCCAGGGUACAAUGCCCGGCUCCCCUGCCCUUUCCCACGCUAAGGCCCAGAGCCUGGGCUCGGCCCCGGGCAGCCCACUGUUCCGCUCUCUGUCCCCCUGCCACACUCCCCUCCAUGGCAGCCCGGCCAGAGCCACGGACAUCUCCCUCAGCCACGUGCAAGUCCCUCUGGAGGCCAUCAGACCCAGUAAAGUGCUGCCUGUGACGGCCUACGAUAAGGACGGUGUCCGCAUGCUGCUCAACUUUGCAUCUGACUGUCCCCCCGGCAGGCCUGACGUGCUGGUCAUGGUGGUGUCCAUGCUCAAUACAGCGCCCCUUUCUGUUCAUAAUGUGGUACUGCAAGCUGCUGUGCCCAAGUCUAUGAAGGUGAAGCUGCAGCCUCCAUCAGGAACAGAACUUGCACCAUUCAACCCCAUCCUACCUCCAGCCUCCAUUACCCAGAUCAUGUUGCUGGCUAAUCCCGCAAAGGAGAAAGUGCGUCUGCGCUACAAGCUGGCUUUCACACUAGGAGACCGUCUGUGCAACGAGGUUGGAGAGGUCGACCAGUUCCCCCCACCAGAGGCAUGGGGUCAUCUAUAGCAGCGUGCAGGCCUGCUAGCGUCAGCAGGGACGGACUGGUUCAUACUCCAUGAAGGGGUGUGUAUGUGUGUAUUCACAUGCAUCCCAGAGAGACAAACGGAGGGAAGGUGGGGAAAUUCAGCUGCAUUGUUACAGUAACAAUAACUUUCUGCUUCACAUUCCUUUAAAGUUGUUUUUCAUUAUUCCUGGCAGUGAGUUUUUAACAGAUACUAAAAGUUUGAUUUAUACAGAGCUUGUGCUUUUCUGCAAAUAGCAAAGUAAAGAUGUACACUGGUGAGAGAGACAGUCGUGGUGUUAACCGGUUGAUGGUUUUGAGAUCAGUGUUUUCAUGGAUUUUUCCUGAAUGUAUUUUAAAUAGUAAAUGCAUUACAGCUCUGCCUCAGACUGAAAUGUUGCACUGCAGCAUAGCAAAUUUUUGAAAAGAAAUUAACCACUGCGUUAACAGAGCCUAAGAGACAACUGUUGUGCUUUUACUUAUUCCUCUGACUAAACACUUAUCCAGCCUGCAAAAAAUAUACUUGAAUGUAUCCAGAGAUUUGGAAAUGGUAUCUAGAUUUCUUACGAUGGAGAUACACUGGAAAAUUCCUCCAUUAAUUAAAAAGUACUGUCACACAUUUAUUUCUGCAGGAAGAUAGUGGACUGAUUACGUGAUUAUUUUAGCCAUCAAGAUGUUUGACAUGGUUAAGUAAGCUGUGUUUAACAAUUAUGCUACCUAAUGUAGCCCUGUCCUAGAUUAGUGGAGAAACAAUGUUGAAUACUGAGUUGGAAAGGCAAAGUAAGGCAACCGGCAGCAUUCAUUUUAAAUAAUGGAUAUGCCGGCAUAGAGUCUACUGAAUCCAACACUAGUUUUAUUUCAUGUGAUUAGUUUUUUUCUUUUGAAAGUAAAUAAAAAAGUGAUUUGCCCAGACUGUCAGCAUUUCACUUUUUUUUUUUUUAAAGCAGUGGAUAUCCAUAUUUUUGUUCUGUAUUUAAAGAUGUUUACUCUUCCACUAGUCUAAGUAUUGAGAGUACAUUUGUCAUAUUUAUUAUUUUCUGUUAUAAGUAUUUCAGUGCAUCACUGAAGCUAGAAAACAUGAACUGAAAAAUCAGAAUUUAAAUUUGGUCUUGAAAGGGAAAUCUGUCAGCAGGCAGGUAUCCGUGCAGUGUGCAGCAGUGGGAUGGAGUGGAACUGUGCUGUGUGUAAAUUUUCAUAAAUAAUUCGACCCAAUCCUCCUUUAGGUCCCCUCUCUGGUAGUCCUCAGCUUAUCGUCAUAUGGGAUGUACAGAAGUGUGUGUUUAAUGUACAUAGUAUGUAAUGUAAUGCAACUAUUGUUUGUUGUAUGACAAGUUAUGUGAACAUGCGACAUGUAGAUUCUGGGAGAGUGUUAGGUCUGUACAUACUGUAUGAUGUGCUAUUUGUUU